AUGGCUCCCAAGGUUCUCGUUGUCCUUACCUCCCAGGCCCAGAUUCCUGGCCGCGACCACGCCACCGGAUGGUUUCUGCCCGAGUUUGCCCACCCGUGGGAGGUCCUCCAUGAGAAGGUCGAGCUCACCAUCGCCUCCCCUAAGGGUGGUGAGGCUCCCCUCGACCCCUCUUCGAUCAAGAUGUUCGAGAGCGACCCCGUAUCGACCAAAUUCCUGAAUGAGCAGCAGUCGCUUUGGAAGAACACCCACAAGCUGGCUGAUUUCCUGCCACGCGUUUCGGAGUUCGAUGCCAUUUUCUAUGUCGGUGGCCAUGGACCGAUGUUUGACCUCCACUACGACGAGACCUCCCUUGCCCUUAUCCAGGCUUUCGCUGCCGCCGGAAAGCCCGUCUCCGCAGUCUGCCACGGCCCGACCGUGUUCGUCAAGGCGACCACCAAGUCUGGACAGCCCUUGCUCGCCAACUCCACCGUUACCGCCUUCACCAACGUUGAAGAAGACCAGGCACAGCUGACCGCGCUCAUGCCAUACCUGGUCGAGGAUGAGAUGAACAAGAUCCCCGGAUGUAAAUUUGUUAAGGCCGAUCAGCCGUGGGGCGAGAAGGUUGUUGUCUCGAAGACCUCCGACGGCGCUACCCUGAUCACCGGUCAGAACCCGGCCAGUGCGACGGGUACCACACUGACAGCGAUGAUCCCUCCCCAUUUCUAUGGACCUCCCAUUUGGGGAAUCGACAGGGACGGUCCAGGUACUAAAUUAGCCAAGAGACUAGCAGCGGCCAAAGGCGUUGCGGCAUUGCAGAAUGUGUGCUGCUUUAUUGCAUCCGCUCAUAUGAAGAGAUAUGCAAGGGAUGAAGCUGAUCGCCCGGCAUUGGCUGGGUUAACAGUCGCUGCUCAGGGUUCGCAGGAUGGCUAUGACCGGGAUUUAUUCCCCCAUUGGAUCAGCCAGGGCCACUCAUGCGAUACUCGUGAAGUCGUUCUUGCGCGCGAUGGUGAGGAUGUCGAAAAGAAUGAUUCCUGCUCUCCCACUAGUGGAACAUGGUACUCGCCGUAUGAUGGGAAGACCUGGACAGAUAAAAGCGAUCUAGACAUCGACCAUGUUGUACCGCUUUCCAAUGCCUGGAAGAGCGGAGCGUCAGACUGGACCACCGACCAACGUCAGGCUUUCGCCAAUGAUUUGGAGAACCCUCAACUACUUGCGGUGACGAACUCUGUUAACCGCGAGAAGAGCGAUGAUGGGCCGGAGGACUGGAAGCCUCCUCUGACUUCGUACUAUUGUACCUACGCAAAGAUGUGGGUCCGAGUCAAGUCGGUGUAUAACUUGACUAUUACACAGGAUGAGAAGGGUGCUCUGGUUGACAUGCUUGACUCGUGUUAG